AUGGGUGUUGGAGUAAAAAAAUUCACGGUUCCGGUUACCGCAACCGUUACACUACGGCCUUUACACCCCGCAACCGCAACCGCGUUACCGCCACCGUUACGGCGACCGCAACCGCUUUUCAGAACCUUGGAUAUACCUGAUGAUGAUUUUGAUGAGAACAAGCCAUUGUGGAAGUAUAUAACUAAAUUAGCAAAACCAAGGGAAGGAGGAGGAAAUUGCCAAUUACAAUGUAUAUUGGAAAAUAUAGACAAAACUCUCAAGUUCAUCCCAGGAUUGUCGGCGGUCUCUGUGGAUGACUUACCAGAUGGAAUCAUCCUCGGAAACCUAGAAUCACCAAUUGCUCAAAUGCUUCAUAACAUGGGACUAAAGCUGCCAAAGGCUGCAGCAGUGGUGCUGAACUCCUUCGAAGAGCUAGAGCCCGCCACCGCGAAAGAUCUGAAGUCAAAGUUGCAAAAAGUGCUCCAAGUGGGCCCCUCAAUCCUAUCAUCACCAGCCCCAUCAGACUCCGAUGAGACUGGCUGCCUGUUGUGGUUAGACAACCAAAAACCUGCUUCUGUCGCAUAUAUUAGCUUUGGCACCAUAACCACCCCACCGCCUAACGAGGUUCUAGCAUUGGCAGAAACAUUAGUUUCUAGUGAAGUUCCGUUCCUUUGGUCACUCAGGGACCACUCGAGACACCUAUUUCCAAAAGGGUUUGUCGAAAACACGGUGGCAUUUGGGAAAGUGGUUUCCUGGGCUCCACAAUUACAAGUUUUGGCACAUCCAUCGGUUGGUGUGUUUGUGACACAUUGUGGGUGGAACUCUAUCUUGGAGAGUAUCACUGGGGGCGUGCCAAUGAUUUGUAGGCCGUUCUUUGGAGAUCAAACAUUGAAUAGUCGUAUGGUACAGGAUACGUGGCGAAUUGGGGUUAGGGUUGAGGGUGGAGUGUUUACAAAAAGUGGAACGACGAGUUCUUUGGAACUUGUUUUGUCCCAAGAGGAAGGGAAGAAAAUGAGGGAGAACAUCAAAGUACUCAAACAAAAUGCCAUAGAGGCUGUUGGAGCAAAUGGAAGCUCAAGUGAAAAUUUUAAAGACUUGUUGGAGGUAAUCAAAGCUUGUAAGCACCCUUAAUUUUACUCUUUUUAAGAGUCUUGUUCUUUUAUUGCCUCAAAUAAGCAAAACAAUGGUGGUUGCGAUGUUUAUUUAGUUUUCAUUGUGUUUUUUUUCCUAUCCCUCUUGGAUGUGAGAGGUUUCUUUUUGGUUUUUUGGUUUUUUGGGUGCUUAUCCUCUUGGGUUCUAGGGAGUUUUUUUUUUGUCUUUUUGGCAAGGCUGUGUGGCUCCCAUACAAGAGGUGUUGUUCUUAUAUGUAUUUUUAUUUUUAAAUGCUUUGCAUACACAAAAGUAAAUAUAAAUAAAUGAAGAACAAGAUUUUUUUUU